AUGACUCAAAAGACAAGGCCCAAAGAUUACAUUGCACUAAUAAGACCAACCAACAGUGAUACAACUAGCGAGCAAACAAAAUCAGACAUUUUGGGUAGCCUUGAUCCAAACAAACUCAAGAUCGGAGUGAAGCGACUGGCUAAGAUCAGAGACGGGGGAAUUUUGAUACAGACAAAUACCGAGCGUGAAUUGAAGAUCCUUGAACAGGAAUUCAGAGGAAAUACUUUGAUGGAGAAGUAUGGGAUUGCCAGACCGAAAUUGAUUAAUCCAUCCAUUAUUGUCUUUGGUGUUGAUGGGGACAUUGGUAAGGAAGAACUCACAGAAGCGCUCAUAAAUCAGAAUACCAUCGAACAGGAAGAUAUAGAUGUUAGAUUUCCCCUGCGCGCCGGUAAGGAUAAGAAUAAUUGGGUUGUGGAAAUCCAACCAUUAGCUUUCAAUAAAAUUAUGAACAUCGGAAAGUUGAACAUCAGAUGGAGCAGGUAUUUCUACAGGGAACAUCUCCGUGUCAGACAGUGUUUCAAGUGUGCUCAGCUGGGCCACUUAGCCAGGGAUUGUGUUAACGAGCAAAUCUGCAGGAAGUGUUCUCAGACUAGUCACCAAGACAAGGAAUGCCAAAAUCUUAAGUUAUGCACUAAUUGCGAUAUAGCCAAUAGAAAAUUUAAGGCCAUCCACGACAUCAAUCACAGCCCAUUUGACAUAGACUGCCCCCAACUCAAACGUGCCAGAGAUCAGCAAAUUAAAAGGACAAACUAUGGACAUUAA